CAUAAGGUAAAUGACGCAAUGUGAUAUUUAUGCAAUUGUUUAUACAAUUAUGUACAUGUCACGUGAAAAUAGUCGGUGCUUCGAUCCGAAAAAUCGAUACAGUGUCAGGCAACUUUACAACUCACCUAUCAAUCCAAUUCGCACGGUAGACAUUUUCCGGUCGGUGGGAUCCGUCAGAAGCUCGGGAAUUAUUUCGUAUAGCAUCAGAGAUCGAGAAUCAAGACCAACAAUCCAGCCCAGUCAUUGACGAAGCCGACACAACAUGGGCUCGAGCUCGUCAAAGCCGGAGGCGAGCCAGACCUCACAUGUCUGGAAGGCAUCUUCGCCCGUAGGCAUAUCCCACGAUAUCGUCGAAUCCCUCCAAUCGAGCACUGAGACCGACGCAUCCCGCGCGCAAACCCUCGAGCUCGCCGUACAAGCGCGAGUAACCUCCGAACUUCGCAAACUCGAAGCGCAAGAAAGCGCGCUCCUAAAAGCAGCCCAAGAAAAAUUAACCUCCGAGCCCCUCCCCGAAAACAGUCCCGAGGAGCAACAACGAAGUCGACAGACAGUAUCAAAAGAAGUCGAGGCCCUACGAGCACGCUUGGACAAGCGGAAACAAUUGAAACCAGUACCUGAGACCGUGGAGAAGGCGCGCGGAGAGGUCGUACGAUGUCUGUUAGAGAAUGAUCGUCGCCCGUUGGAUUGCUGGCGUGAGGUUGAGGCGUUUAAGGAGGAGGUAAGACGCCUAGAGAAGGGGUGGGUUGAGAAGGUUGUCUCGUGAGCUAUUUCCUUGAUGAAUUCACAGUAGACGGAAAAUAAACGCUUCGGGAGGAGGGUUCCAUCAUCGUUGUUUGAUAGAUACUCUGUUGUACCAAUAAUCGACACGUUACGGCAUAGCAUUUUACAGGGAGCGCUCAGGGAAAAGAAGAGCUGUAUAGAAGAGGAUUGAUCACCUUUUUAUCUCGCAAUUUGGGACGUGAUUG